AUAUAUACGAAACUUUCUAUUUCAAGCCAUUAUUCUAUUGGCGUUCGUAGUUUGAACUUCUGACGUUUCGCGUAACUUUUAAUAUCAUCAAAAUGUCUGGACGAGGCAGUGAUAGUAAAUCGAAAGGGAAGAUUACUAUUAAAUCACGAUCUCUCCGAGCUGGUUUACAAUUUCCUGUUGGUCGUAUCCAUCGCCUUUUAAGGAAAGGCAACUAUGCCGAACGAGUAGGUGCUGGUGCACCCGUAUACCUCGCUGCAGUAUUAGAAUAUCUAGCUGCUGAAGUUUUAGAAUUGACUGGAAAUGCAGCGCGUGAUAAUAAAAAAACCAGAAUAGUACCGAGGCAUGUACAACUUGCCAUACGUCACGAUGAAGAAUUAAAUAAAGUAUUAUCUGGUGUAACUAUUGCUCAAGGCGGUGUAUUGCCAAAUAUUCAAAGUGUUUUAUUACCUAAAAAGACAGAGAAGAAAGCAUAAUUUAUUAUGCGAUUUUAAACGGCCCUUUUUAGGGCCAAAA